CCUCAGCAAAUCCCGCGCCUGGUGGGACGACCGCCCGUGACGGGUCGGUGGCAGCCUCUACCCAACAGUGCGCGGGCGGCGUGCGGACUCUUGUUGUCCCGGUCGCAGCUCUGAGGUCAGGGCCGCCUUCUGCGCCUGUGACUGGGAGGCCUGCGGCGGGACCGCCACCAGGGGCGCAACCAACAGCAAAGCCUGUCCCUGUGGGGCUUACGGGAGCUAGCGCAACGCAGACUGCUUCAUCAUCACCUCACAAACAUGCAGCCAGCCCAGCGGCGAUGCCACGCACGCUUGUCAUCCCUGUAGCAGCGCUGCAGGGCCGGGUGGAAGCCAGGCCGGGAGGUGCCGGCAAGGGCACGGUUGUCAGGCCUGCGACAGUUACUGGCGUGAUCAAAGCCGGAAGCAGUAGCAGCAUCGUUGUGCCUGUGGCCGCGUUGCAAGGGGCCGGCGCAAGGCCCGGUGCUGGCAGACCCGAAGCAGCAGGAGGCGGCAAGGCCAGCAACGGCGCGGCAGCGGUGGCGCCCACAGUGGCAGCAGCCGCGAAGCGCAGCCAAGCAACUGCUGGGCCCCAGGCGUCGGCCGCUGGCGCGGCAGUGCAGGCGCCGCCGCGGGCCGUUGCAGUGGCGCCGCCUGUAGGGCCAGAGGCAAUGGCAGUGGCGCAAGGCGGAUCCGGGUCAGGUGGAGGCGCUGGGUCUGGUGGUGGAGUCGAGUCAGGCGGAGGUGCUGCGGAUGCCACGCCUGGAUCCACCUCUCCCGGCAGUCGAGGCGCAGCAAGGUUGGCAGCCGGAGCGCUGAAGGCGGCUGCGGCGUCCAGCGCCGCUGCUGCCGAGGACGCAGCGAAGGCAGCGGCGGUCAGGCCGCGGGCGGCAGCCCUCACAUCACAUGUAGCGAGUCAGGCAGCGGGAGCAGCUGCCCUGCGGGGUGAGGCAGCGCAUGUUGCAAUGGCAGCAACAGCGACGGCGCCAGAGAGGCCCACACGGCCGCGGGUAUCAAGGGCUGGGGCCGGCUCCCCAACCGUUCGGCCUGCAGUUGACGUGCGCGCGCUGCUAGGGGACGACAACGAUGAAGCUGCUGGCCUCCUGCUUGAGCCGGCGCAGCAGGCCGUGGCGUCCAGUAAUGGCGACCCGUGCCCAACAGUUGCCGAGCAGCUGCCCACAACGGACGCGCAUGGCAACUACUUGCCGGCCUCUUUUCAGGAGCCUGCGCUGCCGGAAGCUGGCGUGUACGUGGUGGCUGACCCGUACGGCGAGGAGCUCAUUGCCAUGCUGCAGCACUGCGGCUGCUGCACACGCAUCGGGCUUGCGGUGCAGGCGCACGGUGGCAGGCCGGCGCUAGUCAGCGUCUACGCACCGCCGGCGCUCAUGCAGGUUGAAGGACCGGAGGGACAUCUGGUGCAGUGGCCGGCCGCUGUGUACCUGGUUGAUCCCCUAGCGGCGGCCGCCUCCUACGGCGGCGGCGCGGACGGCGACUUUGCGGCGGCGGCGCUGCUCUGCAGCCUGCAGCCGCUGCUGGAAUCAACGUCGAUCAGCAAAAUGAUCUACGGCGGCGGCGGCGCGCUGGCAUGCUUGGAGGAGGCGAUCAGGGCAAGCAGCGGGGAUGGGUCGAGGGCCAUGUGCAGCCAAGAUGUGCAGGACAUUCGUAUUGUGCUGACUAGUCUACAAGAUAUGUUGGGUGUGCCACACACCCCGCCGCUCCAGGCAGCGCAGACGGCGGGGCCGGAUAGCAGCGUGGCGUGGCUGCGCGGCCUGCAUGCGCACGUGGCCCGGCUGCGUGACGCGCUGGCGGGCACGGGGCUAUGGGCGGACCGGCCGCAGCUGCUGGCGGCGCUGACGGCCCGUCACUUUGCGGCGCUGCGGGAGGACGCCCAGGCGGCGCUGGGGGCAGCUGGAGGGAAUGAGGACGCGGCGGCCCGCGCGCUGACGCGGCCGCUGGGCCCGAGCCAACUGGAGGUGGCGGCGCGGGCGGCGCGGCACCUGCCCGAGCUGUGGGCGGCGCUGGUGCAGGAGGCGGUGCCGUGGGUGGCGGUGCAUGCGUCGGCGGCUGCAUUGAUGCUAAGCCGCCACCGGAUAGCAGCUGCUGCUACCUAGAUUAAAGAAUGCAGGCGGGACUUGGAAUAAGGAGUUGGGCUGUAGCUAUAUCACGGCAGACAUGAGCAGUGUGUGGUAAUGUUUGCACAGCAAAGCGCAUUGUGGACAACAUCGGGAGUGUGUGGUCAUGGACAAGUACUGUGCGAUGCAGCGCACGUUUCUAUUUGAGCCAACCUGCGGGCAAUGGUGUAGGAGAACGUGAGUGUGCGACAGGAUUACGAACUAGCGGCGCGUGCCCAAGUGCACCGCCCACACGGCGGGCGGCAGGUCCAGCAAAGCUGUCAUGGUGCAAGUGCUGUCAUAUGCAUCCUAUUGUAUCUCUGGAGCCAGCCCGCUGCUGGAGCGAGCUGGGCGAAACCAGGGACGUCACUUCAUUUGCGUGCUAAAACGUGUCUUACAAAUAAGACAGCCGUGCUGCCCAAGUAGGUGUUUCACUUAUGUGCAGUCCUCACGCUCGGGGCGCUUGGCCAGGCGAUAGCACCAGACACUGAUACCCCACGCGGGACGCGUGACACGUCGCGCCAGCAAUCAGCAAUCGACGUGCUUGAAUUAACAUAACACAAGCGAACAGCAGUAUGCCGGUCCUGGCCCCAGGCCGCUGUAAGGCUCCCUGGAG